AUGAAAACGACGUCCCAUCAUAACUUGGGUGCCGUCCCACCACCGUCGCUGGAGACCAAUCCGGCGGAAAAGGCAGUGGUGCACAAGUCUUUAUACUGGGGACACGAUGCCCAAGUUCUGUUCACCGGUUGGCCGGGGACGAACUCGGGGAUGUACGCAUUGGCGGUGAUAUUCGUGUUUGUUCUGGCGGUGAUGGUGGAAUGGCUUAAUUCCUGCAACUUCAUGAAGCAAAACGGAGAGAGUGUGGGGAAGGUGGUGGUGCAAACGGCGAUACACGCAGUGCGUACGGGUUUAAGUUAUAUGGUGAUGCUAGCAGUGAUGUCGUUCAACGGCGGGAUCUUCUUGGCUGCGGUGGGUGGCCAUGCUGUGGGCUUCGUUCUUUUCAAAAGGCGAGGCGAAAGAAAGGAUGUCCUAUAA